AUGGCUACUGCCACCGUCUCAACCCCUCUGAAGAGUCACCAUGGACUGUUCUCCUCCAAGACCGCUGGUGGGAGGAUGCCCCUGACACCGUCGCCCAGAUCUAGAACCACUAGUAUAGCCACCAAUGUGUCAAACCACUCCUCUCCCUUCACCCCUCCACGGCAAUCAUCCGAUUCAACUUAUGUGGCUGCUCAGUCAGUGUAUGGCGGUAAUCUCUCCUCCCAUUUCGCCAGAUCUAUUUCGAGAACGGUGUCAAGAACCCACCGAGAUUCUCCAAAGUCGAAUAUUGCCAAAACUAGAAAAUCUCCCCGACAUUUGGAACUGGGUGUUUCUGAUUGGACGUUGACUGGAACUGGUCCAGCCACCGGUCAGACGCCAACUAAAAAAAAGGAGCCUGCUUUCCGUUCAAGAACUUCAAAGACAACUAUUCGUCUUCCACAUAAUACGGCCGACCGCUUCAUUCCGAAUCGAUCGGCCAGCGAGGGUCUCGCGACUGCGGGAACUGCCAAGCCAGACGAGCACCAACGGCCAAAAACUAGCGAAGGCUCUGCAGUGCUAGCAAAUGCCGCUAGCGCGUUUCAUAUUGGCAGCAGGGAAAACGAUGACGACAUCGCAAGUGCCUUGGAAAAUCUGGGCCUGGACGACCACGACAACACUACCUAUUCUCGCCCUGCGCCAGAUGCCGUUGCAUACAAAUCAUCCCUUGCCUCCGCAUGCGACAUCUCCCUCAACACUCGCAUCCUUGCGUUCAAACCUCCUCCACCAGAAUCAUCCAAACCAAUCGACCUCCGCUCCCAGUACAACCGCCCUCUCAAACCAGCCAACUCUCAAUCUGCGCAAUUCAGACGACGAGUUCAAACGGCUCCAGAGCGUGUUUUGGAUGCCCCUGGCCUUGUUGAUGAUUACUACCUUAACCUGCUGGAUUGGAGUUCGGGCAACCAGGUGGCAAUCGGUCUCGAGCGCAACGUGUAUGUUUGGUCGGCGGAAACCGGUUCCGUCAACUGUCUUUUAGAAACAUCCCCCGAUACCUAUGUCAGCAGCGUGAAAUGGAGUGGUGAUGGAGCUUAUGUGGGCGUCGGGCUCGGCACAGGAGAAGUCCAGAUUUGGGACGUUGAGGAGGGCACCAAGCUGAGGAGCAUGUUCGGCCAUGAGACCCGUGUUGGUGUCAUGGGAUGGAACAAGCACACCCUAUCCACUGGGGCACGAAGUGGCCUUAUUUUCAACCAUGAUGUUCGCAUCGCCCAGCACAAGACUGCUGAACUUGUCUCCCACACAUCCGAAGUCUGUGGCCUCGAAUGGCGGUCCGAUGGCGCCCAACUUGCUACCGGAGGAAAUGACAACCUCGUCUCCAUCUGGGACGCAAGAUUUCUGAGCGCACCCAAAUUCACCAAGACCAACCAUCGCGCCGCUGUGAAGGCUCUUAGCUGGUGCCCGUGGCAAUUGAACCUCCUUGCUACAGGAGGUGGAUCCUAUGACCGCCACAUCCAUUUCUGGAACACCACCACUGGCGCUCGCACUAACAGCAUCGACACCGGUUCCCAGGUCACGAGCCUUCGAUGGAGUAACCACUACCGUGAGCUUGUGAGCUCCAGCGGUUUUCCUGAUAACUCCCUGAGCAUCUGGAGCUAUCCUUCCCUUGUUCGUAAUGUGGAAAUUCCUGCUCAUGAAACACGUGUGCUCCACAGCUGCCUCAGUCCCGACGGGCAAAUGUUAGCUACUGCUGCUGCCGAUGAGAGUCUCAAAUUCUGGAAAGUUUUCGAGCGGAAGCCUGGCACCACGGCUGCUGCUUCAAGAGAGGGAGCCGUUGGGUCCAAGGGAAGCCAAAUGGCCAAGCAAAUGACGAUUCGGUGA